UGGCCGGCCGCUCGGCUGACCGCGCCCUCAUUCCCCAGCUCCCACACGAGCGCUGCGGGUUAAGGGCGCGAGCGGCGCGCGGGAACCACAAGCACCGAAGCUCCCGCUCCAGCUCUCCCUGCACGCGGACGCAGGCGGAGCACGCGCAUCUGGCUCCGAGACAAGCCUGGACGGAACAGGAAGAGGGGGGAAAUAAACAGGGGGCGUCCUUGUCCUUGGACUCUAUACCGGCGUGGAUAUUUACACAAAGAACCUUCUCGAGGGGACACCGCUGCAAGACGAGCAGGCCUGGGCAACAGAGGAUUGUGGGAAUGGCAUCUCUUCCCACAAUGGUGUGUCUUUGAUCAGUGGAACAUUGGCAAAGCGUCUCUGGAAGGACCCGUAGAAGAGUGAAUGGAAGUCAUGUGUCCUUUCUGCAUUGCCGACUGCGAACAAACCAACAGUGAAUAAAACCCUGAAAUUAAUUUCGUUCUUCACUUAAACGUGGGCUGCAAAUUUAACAUGUGGAAUCAAGUAACAUUGUGAGUCUUUGGAUGUUGGAAGACUUUUCAUGGAAAUACAGGGAGAAAAAUCAGGAUGGAGAACCGAGUCGAAAGAAACUGUUAGAUACUAGGGAGUUUUAGAAUCCGAGGCCAUCUAUUUGCACAGUGCUAUUUUCGAAAAGGCCAAAUACAUUAACGCGCCACGCUGGGAAUAAAUUUCUCCUCUGAACAUCAGAAAAGCAGGAUUAGGAGCGUGCCUGAAUGAAGAUGGCAAGAAAGUGGAGGUGUAGUGGGCGGAGACUGCGGAUCUCGGUGCUGCUGUUGCUGCUGGCGGCUUUAUCGCUGGCACUGGAGUUUGAUGGCCUGCCAGGCCAGUGGGCACGCUAUGGCCGUUGGGAGGCUGGCGCUACGGGUGAACUGAGCUUCGCAAUGAAGACCAACGUGAGCGACUCCGUGCUUCUGUAUCUGGACGACGGUGGCAACUGCGACUUUCUGGAGCUGCUGAUCAGCGACGGUCGCCCUCUGCUACGUUUCGCGCUGCACUGUGGCGAGCCUGCUACGCUCCACAUGGAGACACGAGUCAGCGACCAGCGCUGGCACAGGGUGCAGCUGGUGCGCAACUUCCGCCACACCACGCUGACGGUAGACAGUGAGGUCAAGGUGGCUGAGGUCAAAUCCAAGCGUAAGGAGAUGGUCGUGGCAAGUGACCUUUUCGUGGGAGGGAUUCCUCCGGAUGUGCGCCUUUCCGCUCUCACCUCCAGCACCGUCAAGUACGAGCCUCCAUUCCGGGGCCUGAUCGCCAAUCUAAAGCUAGGAGAAGCGACUCCGGUCCUUCUGGACAGCCAAGGUGUGAAGAUUGAUCUGGAGUACCUUUGCAACAAACAGAACCCUUGUAGCAAUGGAGGACACUGCUCCAUCUACCAGAGCGAUGUCCUGUGUGACUGCACUAACACCGGCUACAAGGGAAAAUACUGCACUGAAGCUGUCCAACAAGUGUUCGAAGGUCUGGCGCACCUGAUGCUAAAGAGCCAAGCCCCAGGACCUGCUCCACUGAAGGCCACUCCAGCUGCAGGUGAUACCGAACUAGGGCGAGGCGAGUCAGUGGCAACGUUUAAAGGCAGCGAGUUCUUCAGCUACAACCUGUCCCAGACGCCCAUCCAGAGCAGCUCGGACGAUAUCACGAUGUCGUUCCGUACGGUCCAGCGCAACGGCCUGCUGCUGCACACAGGAAAGGGGGCCGAUUAUGUCAAUCUGUCGCUGAAAAGCGGCGCCGUGUGCCUCAUCAUCAACCUGGGCUCAGGCGCCUUUGAGGCCCUGGUGGAGCCGACCGACGGCAAGUUCAACGACAACGUCUGGCAUGCCGUGCGCAUCGCCCGCAACCUGCGCCAGGUCACCAUAUCUGUGGACGGCUUGCUGACGACUACAGGCUACACUCAGGAGGACUACACCAUGCUGGGUUCAGAUGACUUCUUCUAUGUGGGAGGCAGUCCAAACACGGCUGACCUUCCUGGCUCUCCGGUCAGCAACAACUUCAUGGGCUGCCUGAAAGACGUGGUCUACACUAAUAAUGAGUUUAGACUGGAGCUUUCUCGGCUGGCCGAGCUGCGGGACCCUAAAGUGGCCCUACACGGUGACCUGACCUUCCGCUGUGAGGAUGUGGCUGCCCUUGAUCCGAUCAGCUUCGAUACAUCGGCUGCCUUCAUCAGCCUGCCUCACUGGAGCGGAAAGAAAACCGGAUCAAUCUCUUUUGACUUUCGCACCACAGAGCCCAACGGCCUGCUGCUGUUCAGUCACGGGCACAUGCAAGGUUCACGCGAGCACAGACCCAGGGUUGAUUUUUUCGCCAUGGAACUGCUGGACGGCUUCCUGUACCUCCUAAUGGACAUGGGCUCAGGCAGUGUUAAAUUAAAGUCCAGUAACAAGAAGGUGAACAAUGGCGAGUGGUGUCAUGUGGACUUCCAGCGAGAAGGACGCAAAGGUUCCAUCUCAGUGAACGGCCGGAGCAUGCCCUUCUCGACUAACGAGGGCAGCGAGAUCCUGGACUUGGAUGGUGAGAUGUACCUUGGCGGUCUACCCGAGGAAAGCAAGGCCCUUCCUCUGCCCCCCGAGGUGUGGACAGCGUCUCUGCGGUUAGGCUUUGUGGGCUGCAUGCGGGACAUGUUUGUGGACGGGCGGAGCCGGGACCUGCGGCGUCUGGCUGAGCUGCAGAGUGCAGCAGGUGUCAGUGUGUCCUGCACGCGUGAGACUCACAGGCGCUGCGGCACCGAGCCCUGUGUCCACGGCGGCCACUGCCACGAAGGCUGGAAUCGCCACAUAUGCGACUGCACAGGCACCGGAUAUCUGGGUCCAAACUGCGAAACUGAGUCCACAGUGCUGAGCUACGAUGGCAGCAUGUUUCUGAAGGUGCUCAUGCCUCGUGCCAUGCACACGGAAGCUGAGGACGUCUCACUGCGCUUCAUGUCCCAGAGGGCUUACGGACUGCUCAUGGCCACCACCUCCUCAGAGUCCGCCGACACCCUGCGCCUGGAGCUGGACGGGGGAAAAGUCAAACUUACCGUCAACUUAGAUUGUAUCGGGAUAGACUGUAACCUUAGUAAAGGACCGGAGACUCUCAAUGCAGGGCACAAGCUGAAUGACAACGAGUGGCACUCUGUGAAGGUGGUGCGCCGGGGCAAGAGCCUGCAGCUCUCUGUAGACAAUGUGACUGUGGAAGGCCAGAUGAGCGGAGCACACACACAGCUGGAGUUCCACCACAUCGAGACCGGCAUCAUGACAGAGCGACGCUUCAUCUCUAUUAUGCCCUCGAACUUCAUCGGGCACUUGCAAGGCCUUUCGUUUAACGGAGUGCCCUACCUGGACCAGUGCAAGAAUGGCGACAUAUCGUACUGCGAGCUGAACGCCCGCUUCGGCAUGCGUCGCAUCGUGGCUAAACCGGUGAGCUUCAGGACCAGAGGCAGCUACCUGGCUCUGUCCACCCUGCAGGCCUACACCUCCAUGCACCUGUUCUUCCAGUUCAAGACCACCAGUCCUGACGGUCUGCUGCUGUUCAACUCUGGAGACGGCAGCGACUUCAUCGUGGUGGAGCUGGUCAAAGGGUACAUCCAUUACGUCUUCGACCUCGGAAACGGGCCGUCACUCAUGAAGGGCAACUCCGACAAGCCGCUCAACGACAACCAGUGGCACAAUGUGGUGGUGUCUCGAGAUGACAGCAACGUACACACACUGAAGAUCGACUCCCGCACUGUCACCCAGCACUCCAACGGAGCCCGCAAUCUGGACCUCAAAGGGGAGCUGUACAUCGGCGGUGUGGGGAAGAGCAUGUACAACAGUCUGCCGAAGCUGAUUGCAUCUCGAGACGGUUAUCAAGGCUGCCUGGCCUCUGUGGACCUCAACGGCAGGCUGCCAGACCUCAUCAGUGAUGCCCUACAUAAGGUGGGCCAAGUGGAGAAAGGAUGUGAUGCUGGCCCAGGCACUACCUGCUCAGAGGACUCGUGCUCACAUCAGGGGGUGUGUCUCCAGCAGUGGGAGGGCUUCACCUGCGACUGCACCAUGACCACGUACGGCGGCCCUCGCUGCAGCGAUCCUGGGACCACAUAUAUAUUCGGGAAAGGAGGAGCUCUCAUCACAUACACGUGGGCACCGAAUGAGCGGCCAAGCACCAGGGCGGACCGACUGGCCGUGGGCUUUAGCACUCAGUUGAAGGAUGCCAUCCUGGUGCAGGUGGAGAGCACGCAGGGCCUGGGAGACUUCCUUCAGCUACACAUAGAACAAGGAAAAGUCUGUGUCAUCUUCAACGUGGGUACUGAUGACAUCACUAUCGAUGAGCCAGCCGUCGUCGUGAGCGACGGCAAGUACCAUGUAGUGCGCUUUACCCGCAGCGGGGGUAACGCCACCCUCCAGGUGGACAACCAAGCCGUCAUUGAGCGCUAUCCAACAGGCAACUUUGAUAAUGAACGGCUGGCUAUAGCCAGGCAAAGAAUCCCAUACAGACUCGGUCGGGUAGUUGACGAGUGGCUACUCGACAAAGGGCGGCAGUUGACUAUCUUCAACAGCCAAGCAGCCAUUAAGAUCGGAGGCCAAGAUAAAGGCCGGCCAUUCCAGGGUCAGAUCUCAGGCCUGUACUACAACGGACUGCAGGUACUAAAGCUGGCAGCCGAGGGUGACCCCAGCGUUAAAGUGGAGGGCAACCUGCGCUUGGUGGGAGAUGCGCCUUCAGUACUGUCCACAGAGACCACCUCGGCUACGCCUCCAGCCGCCAUGGACAUGUCCACCACCAUCAUGGAGACCACAACCACCAUGGCAACCACCACCACUCGAAGACAGCGCUCCCCCAGCCUCAAAGACAGCAUAACUCAGAACUCCGAUGACCUGUUGGUGGCGUCGGCAGAGUGCCCCAGUGAUGACGAGGACCUGGAGGAGUGCGAGCCUGGCACUGGAGGUGAAUUAGUGUUGCCUAUAAUUACCAUGGACACCCAAGACCCCCAGUCUGUGGCCCCACAUUACCCUGCCAUUCCCCCUCCCCCUACAUCCCUGAGUCCCCUCCAGACCACCAAAGAAUCCCUUGUUCUCUCUGAACCGCGUCCGCCUUGCCCUCCAGACCAGGAGGACUGCGGCGAGCCCAUGGAGGUGUCAGCCUUUGGCUCGGGAGAGAUGACCGAGUCCGAUGAUGAGGACUUUUAUAAAAACUCCCCAAUGGUCACUGAUAGGACAGUGCUGCCUCCUCCCCCUAGUGUGGGCAAAAGUGGAGGCCAAAAGCCUGGUGCCCAUCGCCCUCAUGCUCCCCCUGCCCCCCCUGCCCCGACAACUCACCCUGACCAGCUCCACAUCCCUGCGGGUAAAAUGAACACCCGCGAUCAGGUGCUCCUCCCCCCAGCCCCGUCCUCCCGCCUCACUCCGGGACUAACCUACCCACCCGAUUUCCCUCGUGUGCCCACAGCUCGACCCUCAGCUUCAGUAGAGAGGGGCCUCCCCGGUGCGGUGGAGGUGAUACGUGAGUCCAGCAGCACCACAGGAAUGGUGGUGGGUAUCGUCGCUGCCGCCGCCCUCUGCAUCCUGAUCCUCCUCUACGCCAUGUACAAGUACCGCAACCGCGACGAGGGAUCCUACCAGGUGGAGCAGAGGCGCGGCUCAGGCAGCGAGAGCAACGGUGCCGUAGUCAAGGAGAAGACGCCGGGCACAACCGCCUCCAUGUCUAAGACUGUCGCGAAGGGGAAGAAAAACAAAGACAAGGAGUAUUAUGUCUGAGAGUGGACUGUGCAAGAGAAAGAGAGAGUGCAAGAUGGUGGAUUGACGAUUUUAGACCAUAAAUCACCUCCUUCUUUAUUCUCAUCAUCUAAAGUGAUAUUUCAAAAAGUUAUGACGCAGUAAGGUAAAUAUGAGGAGAGAGAGAGAGCGAGGUAAGGGAACGUCCUAAUGAUAAAGGGAGUGAAUAUGUGUCCUGGGUGUCACAUAUAGCCAUUUUAACCUUAUUUCAUCCCCUUUUGUGCCUCAAGGAGAUCAUACAUUACAUUCUAGAUGAUGAAAUGCCAUUCAUUCUCUUUGCGACAAAAAUUGCCGUUUCCAGAGCGCAGGAAUCUUUAGAGGUUAAUGAAUCACCAUGGAAAGGGAGAGAACUCCCACCACACUAACUCAUCAGCAGUCCUCUCCAGUGUCUGCUGCUUUCUCAAUCCUUUGGCUAAUUUUAAUGUGAAAUCGAUUAUAUCCUGCAAUUUGAAGUAUAUAAAAAAUGUAAUUACCCUUGAUGUCAUUAUUCACACUGAGUGGUAAAUACCUUGUGAAGUAUCAGGCAGGCAAAUGUUCCUCCAAAUUUGCUUUUUUUUUUUUUCUUUUCUCAGAUAUUUAAUUAUGUGCUCGGUAAGAAAAACAGGCCCACAGCUUUUACACUCGAUAUUUCUUUGACCACAUUUGCCACAUUAAGGGGUUAUUAGGAAAAAGUUUUCAGUGAUGCUGUGUAGGUUUUGGCCAACUUUAGGUAAAAGGAGAUAAAAGGUAAAAGGUGCUCAUUAGCUGCAUGUGUUCUUUGAGAAAUCUGUAUAUGAUUCACCUGACUUGUGAUGCAUUUUAAAUGUAAUUGUGUACUCUGUGCAAUUUACAGUACAGCCACAUAGAGUUGUGACGUGUUUGACUGCUACAUCGUACUCUAUUUUCUGAAAACAAAUCGCCCUUAGCUUCAGAGCUUUCUUUAUAGCCUUAUAUCACGUGUGCUAGCAUUAAUGCACCAGUAAAUAUGGUCUUGUAUUGAUUUACAAGCUGUGUUGAUACAUCGAUUCCAUAUUGUUUUCAGGUUUUUUUUAUAUUCUUCAGUACCAAUACUGAUACCAAAAUGAGUAACUUUAGAUCUAAGAUUCACUGGUGUUUAGUCAGUAUCUCGAAAAAGGCGGAGUGUACGGGCGGUCGACCUGAGUGUGUACGAGUAUCGGCAAACUGGACCACGACUUUCAAGCAAAGUAUAGACACUGACAACAUGACACACAUCCUUAGUGCUCAGUGCUUGCAGAAUUAAAGUACUUUGUUUAUGAUAGUUUUUUCACAAGCUUGCUUCAUUGCACCAUGCUAGCGAAUUCACAGAACAGGUAAUUUUUAAAGCUGUGUUCGCUCAGGUCUGCUGUCCGUUUCCGUUUUUUUGGUUUAAAUUAUUAAAAAUACUGUUUAAACAUCAGAUAUUUUAACAGGUUACCUUUAUUGUAAGAAGAUGCUCUAGCAUCUCCUUUUGAUAUUUUCACAGAGCACGUCACCUCUCAGAAUGUGAUAUCGGAUGCCGGCAUCAGAACAUUAUAUAUGAACAUGAGUACAAGUAAAUGAGUACAGAAUCAGACUGAUACCUUAUACCAGUAUCAGUAUUGAUGCAUCUCUGAUGAUUUUCAGCAACUAAACUGCACUACUGGUGAAGUGGAGUUUGGUUUUAGUCUCGUUAUUGUUCAAUGAGCCUUUCCUACUGAUCCAAAUCUCUCUAUCAAAAUGUUCUGUCCUUAUGAUACACGUAUGUACACAUCAAUAUUUAAUGUUAAAACCCUUUGAUGAUCAAAAGCUUUUGUUUAAGUAUUUACUACUGCUGUGCUGGUAAUAAUAUUCUCUAUCAGCCCAUUAUCAAUAUUUUAGCACUUUUUAUAGCACCUCUUCACUCCGAACAUAUAUGGAUAUUAUAAUUUGGCUAAAAAAGAAAUAAAUUAUAAGAUAUGUCACUUUGCAUUGAUGAACGCAGCAGUGUCUUAUGGUCCAGAGAAAAUGGUUGUGCUACUGUAAGAGUCAAAGGUAUUGUUAAAGUGUAAAAGAGCUGUGCGCUGUCUCUCUCCCUUUUCUCUCUCUCUCUCCCUCUCUCUCUCUCUCUCUCUCUCUCUCUCUCUCUCUCUCUCUCUCUCUCUCUCUCUCUCACUCUCCAUGGUGCUAAGAUGUUCAUUAUCUAUUAGGCUACUUAUUGGUGUUCCAUGCAUGAUGUAUUCACAUUUAACUUUUGGGUAAAGAGAGUUGCUCGAUAUGAAGUCAUCAAGCUGAUCAACAUCCUACUGGACAACUCUCUUCCCCCAUGUUCCUGGAAGGAUUCUUAGCACCACCUCAUCGUGGAGGAAAAAAAAAAAAGAUCUCGGCUAAAGAAACCUAAGAAAGCUGGAGCAAUUAGCAUCAAUUAAAAAAAAAACGCUGUAUUUAUGUAAAUACAAGAUUCUGUGGACAUUGCUGACAAUACAUCAGGAUACAGGUUUGUCUGUAUGCGUGUGCGCGUGAGUGUUUCGUCCCUGUUCGUCCUCUAGCAUGAGAAAGACCUAACUAGACUUUGAGACCUCUUUCUCUGCCCCUUUAUUGUUCGAGAAACAAAAUCCAAAAUCCUGACGCCUACUGAAUGAGACUGCAGGAAGUGCUUAGUGCUUCGGAUGGAAGUCGUAUGUGGAGAACUUUUCCUGGCAUCCUCGCUGACAAAAAAAAUGGAACCGUCCAACACUAUGUCAAAAUGCUUGCUCUCCUUUUGCCCUGUUUUGAAGGAACUUGGGGGGAAAAAAGUAACCUGACAACCGAGAACUGCUCUCGUGAAAAGCAUUUCUGUAUAGAGCUGCAGGAACUCGAGUCUACAAAGUCUACAUUUUUUAUAUAUAAAAAGGGCAUAUCCCUGAAAAGAGAAAAAAAGUGGUGUAAUGUCUAGAUAUUUCUCACAGUCAAUGAUUAUUAUUUUACUGAAAUGGCCAUACUUGUUAUCAGAGAAAGGUCCGUCCUUACUCUCCACACAAAAUGUGGUUUUCACAACGACGAUCAUUUCAGUCACAAGGUGAUUUUUUUUUUCCAAUGUGAUAUCAUAUGGAAUAAAAUGUUUGCGAAUCUUUAUUCACUUUCUUUCAAUUCCAUCAGGAUGAAGAAUUUAGCCAUAUCCCUUUUUUUUUUUUUGGUUAUUUUCAAUACAUUGUUUCAAGCUGUAUUCAAUUUUUUUUUUUACAUGGUUGCCAUUUACAUAGAACAGUCAGAGUAUAUUCCCAUUCUUACUUAAUGUUAUUGUAAAGUGUUCCUGUGAGAUGAAUUUAAAUGUGUACAUUGACAGAGAAAAAAAAAUACACUUGGUUAUAUACUUCUUACAUUUCUCGUUUAAUGUCGUCUCUUUUUUUUUUUCAUUAUGUUUCAAUACAUUAGCU